CAAGGAUGUCGCUGGAAGAGUACACACCAUUGAAGGGCAGACGUUGGAAGUGACAUUUUACACUCCACCGGUUCCUCCACCUAAUUACCCAAACAAGCUGCUGAUCAAAGGACUGAACCCCAAAACUUCAUUUAGUUUUCUGGAACUAUAUAUAGAAAGCAAAACAAAACGUGCCCUGGUGAAAGACUUACUGACUUACCAUAUUGAUAAUGAUGAUACUGUUCUUGUAACAGUUAAUGGAGAAAUAGAUAUACAGACAGUGCAAGAGGCAUGCAAAACCGCCCCACUAGAAGGUUCUUUCUUAAAGAUUCUUCAAGUUCCCAUGUCCAAGAUUGUACUCGUAUCCAACAUUAGCGAGGCUGUUACAGAAGAUAUGUUAUCUUUGUAUUUUGAAAGUGUACAAAGAAGCAAUGGAGGUCCAGUCGAAAAAGUUGCGAUGUUUUCCAAACAGAACUACUGCCUUGUACAUUUCGUUGACUACAAAAGUGUUGAUAAUGUUCUGUCAAAAGAGCAGAAGCUUGACGGAAGACUGCUCGAAGUUAAGAGAUACUUCCAAUGCAUAGGGCGGGCAGAAGGGGACACGGUUGAUCGGAGAUUGGCAAAAAUACAGAUUACUGACUUGACUGUUAUUGAAAUAAAAAUGCUAAUAGCAGACAAAUUUGAUCGUGAAAUAGAAGAAAAAUAUACUGGUGCUAAAGUGACAAUUAAUCAAGAAAACCACGAAAUAGAAAUAGAAGGAGUUGAUUCAGUGGUGAAAGACAUUCGAGUGGAAAUGUACCAAAGAAAAGAUACUUACAAGAAAAUACAAACAACAAGUCCGAUUAAAUUAGAACAAAUAUAUAGGAGCAAGAUUGUGGACGAAUACAUUGAACAUAAACUUAAACAGGCCGAUGUUAUUGCGGUUUGGGAAGCAGAAAACGGCAAGCUGCACGUUAUUAGCAAAAGUGGUGAAAUGGUCGAUAAAGCAGUUACUAUUGUUCAAACGUCUGUGAAAAUAGGCCCCCCAGUAAAAUUAACAACUGAAAAUAAAUCAUUAAUUGAGACGACUCAAUGGAAAGAAUUUCUAUCAAAAUUAAGCACAGAACACACAGGCAAGUUGAACAUCGACAUUUCCGAAGAAUAAGAAAUAAUUUUUCUUUCAACGGAUGACAUACACGAUGAAUUACUGGAAGACAUCCAUGAUUUCCUAGAUACAAAUACAAUAUACGCCGUAAUGUGGCGUGUUGAAGAAAAUGUACUGCAACUUCUAAUGCAACAUCAUAGGCUUGAUGUACGGCAAAUAACGAAGGGAACAAAUGUCAAAUGUAAAGAUCAAUCGUUUGGUUUUGAAUUAUCUGGAACAAAGAAUGACCUCGAAAGUGCCAAACGAAAGCUUGAUACCUUUGUCGCCCAAAUAACGGAAGAACCAUAUUCGGUAUCCAAACCCGGUAUUUCUGAAUUUUGGAAAUCCGACAAAGGUCGUGGUAUACAAAAUUAUGUUGAAACCGCACAUCAUGUUAUUUUAAAAUCAUCAUAUGACAAAAGCAACGAGAGACAAGAUGCAUUCGAUAUAGGGGCUAUAUCGGGAGAUCAUCAUUCAGGAAAUUAUGUAAUGGCCUCAUGCACCGUGUAUGGAACAAAGAUGAUAAGUGUAACACGAGGUGAUUUAACAGACCUAGAUGUUGAUGUUAUUGUCUAUUCUGCAAAUCCAAUGCUACAACUAAACAGUGGACUUGGGAAAGCAAUCUUGACAAAAGGUGGCUCGUCAAUAACGUCUGAGUGCGAGCAGUUUAUAAAGACAUAUAAAACACUAGGCGAAGGAGACGUGUUUGUGUCAAAAGCAGGCACAUUAAAGGCCAAGAGUAUAGUUCACGUCGCAAGUCCUCAGUGGAGCAACGACGACGACGAUAGCAAAUUAAUGAAGGUAGUAGUAAAGGCCAUGUGUCAGGCAUCCCAAAAUGACCAUAAGUCUCUGGCGAUACCUGCUCUGAGUUGUGGAACUUAUGGAUACCCGGUCGACAGAGCUACAUGUGCUAUCGUGGCGGCCGUCAAUAAUUUCUUCCGAGAAAUGCCACAUUCUGACCUGACAAGCAUAUACCUGUGUGACAUGACUGAAGAAACUACCAAUGGAUUUAUUAAAGGACUCGAAAGAGAAUGGGGAGCACAUAGUGUUCGCCGGUACAAUCGACCAAAAAUGCGAACAGAUACAGUACAUACCCCUGGAAUGAGGUUUGCAAUGGACAGGACGGGCAAUGCUGACAUUGGAACACAACGACUUAGCACUAAAAGCACUAAGGGUAUUGGCCCCACAUUGCCAGUGAAUAACCCGGGAAUAGGUACUUCAGUCGUACUAGGAAACAUUCGUGUAUCCAUGAAGAAAGCUGCACUUGCUGAUCAAACCAUUCCGGUUUUAGUCAACACAACUGCAAUAAACCUUAGUCUUUGUAAUGGUGCCGUGUCCAAGACGAUACUGAAGCAAGCUGGACCUGAAAUACAACAGGAACUCAAACUAAAUUAUCCGAAAGGGCUAUCUGACGGAGGGGUUGCGGUCACAAAGGGAUACAACCUCAAAUGCGCACAUGUCAUACAUGGUUAUAUUGCCCCUUGGGACGGGCAGCAGAAAACGCUUACUGACCUUAUACGCUUCGUUACACGUUGUUUGGAAGAAACACAGAAGCUGGGCCAUGAUGGAGUUGCAGUUCCAGCGAUUGGCACUGGAGCGCUUGGCUACCCAAAAGACGUUGUGGCAACAGAAAUGCUGACUGCUGUCUCAGAAUUUGCAGCAAACAAUUCAAACUCACUCAUCAAUCGUGUCGAAUUUGUACUGUUUCCAACGGAUUCGGACACUAUUAAGGCGUUUGAACUGGAAUUUGCAAAAUGGUCGAUGGUUAGUCAACAAAAUAGAGACCGGGACUACGAUAACGUUGGAAAUUCACGAACCAAAGACGGCUAUGAAGACCACAUUUACGAAGAGUUGCCUGAAUCGAUGCCCGGAGAGUUUAGACAUAUUUUUGUUAUUGGCAAUGUUACUAUAACGAUCAAAGAUGGUGACAUCACUAAAGAAGAUGCUGACUGCAUUGUUAACAGCUCAAAUGAGAAUUUAGAUCUUACAGCAGGACAAGUAUCUAAAGCCCUUGUCAAUCUCUGUGGGAAAAAGCUUGUGGAGGAGGCCAAAGCCAAGCAAGGAGAAAUGAAAAAGACAGGAUUAGCGAUUACCCAAGCGCCUGGACUUCCGUGUAGAAACAUUAUGCACGUUGUUGCCAAACAUACAGCAGAUGAGUGGAAACAAGUUGUUGGGCAAUGUCUAAUGAAGGCAAAAAUUGAUAACCAUCGAAGCAUUGCUUUUCCGGCAUUAAGGACAGGUUUGACAAUCCGUGGUGGCGAUGCGGCCAAUGCAAUGUGCAUGGCUGUUCACGAAUUCGCAAAAGAAGGAUGUGGAUCGUUGACAGAUAUCAGAUUUGUUAUUUUCAAGACUGAGAUGGUUGAUAAGUUCCGCCAAGCCGCACAACGUACUCAGUGGUCGGAGGCAGGACUGACCAAGAAACCCACUGUCGAUGUUGGUUCAACACGGGUUCAAGAAAUGGCUGGCGAUACCAUUCACCUACGAGUGUACGCAUUGGAUGAUUCAAACAUCAAAAACGCUAUCAAACAGUUGGACAGAAUGAUUGAGGGCGAGUUCAUGGUGUCACAAUUCACCGAUCCCAUCAUAAAACGUUUAAACGAGACACAGAUGCAGGCGAUCGGGAAUGUUGUAAAAAACAACCAUGUUUGCCUGGAACACACCGACGGUCGACUAGAAAUUUAUGGGCUGUUAACAAAUGUACACGCAGCAAGUACUGAUAUUAACAGAAUCAUAAAAGAUGCGAUUCAGGUAGAAAACGAACAUAAACUAGCUUCGAUGUGUAAAGCGUUUGUCCAAUGGUACUUCAUCGAAGAAGUAAAUGGAGAAGAAGUGUAUAGCCGUUUUCAAGAAAAACUAAACUUUAAAAUAGAACAGUCAUACCAAAAUAAAGAAGACAUGUUCAUAUAUCGGAGCAGUGACUUAGACAUCGUCGUUGAUUUCAAAACAUUACACAAAUAUGAGAAGGGCGAAACCGAUGAUAGUAAAAAAUUGCAAUUAGUGCGAAAAGAUUUAAUUGAAGACCAACAAAUUGAAACUCCAAGCGAAUGGAAGCAAAGUAAAGGAAACUGCUUUGUGAACGUCCUGCAGCGUACGGACCCUAAAUUCGAAGAAAUUGAAAGUACAUUCAAGUUAACGUCUGGGCCUGGUUGGAAUGUCCUAAAGAUCGAGGAGGUCCAGAACAAGUCCCUGUGGCGUCAAUAUCAUGCAAAGAAGAAACAACUAGAAGAACAGAAUCCGCCGGGAACAAUAAACGAACGUUUCCUGUGGCAUGGAACAACAGAGAGCACCGUGGAUAGCGUCAAUUUGCAUGGCUUCAAUCGCAGUUACUGUGGAAAGAAUGCGACCUAUUUCGGAUACGGAGUCUACUUUGCGAUCGAAGCAAAGUAUUCUGCACGAGAAACAUAUUCCAGACAAGAUGAUAACGGUGUCAAGCGAAUGUACUACUGCUCAGUUUUGACUGGAGAAUAUGCACAGGGUGACCCUGAAAUGCGAGUACCGCCACCAAAACCGUCUGGUGGGAAAGAUGCAUUGUAUGACUCGGUGACGAAUUCUCUUGAUUUACAAAAACAAGAGAUGUUUAUUAUAUUUAAUGAUACUCAGGCAUACCCAUUGUUUAUUGUACAUUUCAAGAAACAGCAGUGAAUAUGUAUGCAUCGUUUGUUAUGGGCUGCCUUUAUGAACAAUGUUCAAGUACGUUUUGUCGUUUGUAUUUUUUUAUAUGAAAACAGCAUGACAAUAACGAAUCAUAUACACGUUUCUGAAUAUACAGCUAUUUGUGUGCUAUUGUAAUGUUAUAAACUACUUAAAGACUAUUUGGUUCACAUGGAUAAUCGUUGUUGCACUGUUUUUACCUUUUUUAUUCCCAUAUAAAUUCAUGCAUUGUUUGUUUAAUGUAUUCAAUUUUAUGUUUGCAACCUUCGUUACUGUGAUUAGUUUGGUAUAUUUUUGUGAUUUGAUGGUGUAGUGUCGUAGCAUGCAUAAUAUUAUUUAACGUUGAAAGUGUAUCGGUUAACAGUUAUUGUCUAAUUUUACCAACUAAGCUCAAAAGUACAGUUCUUGGAAAUUUUCUAAAAUUAGUUUGAUGCAAAUUUAUAAUAUACUGUAAAUAAUGAAGUAAAUAUGUUUAGAAAGAGAUGAAUGGAUGACGGUCUUGUCCAUCUGCUCCAAAAUGCGAUGCAAAUCUGAUCGAACACGAUUCUUGAAAAAAUAAAAUUAGACUCGGCUUCGUGUUGUCUAACAUUAAUUGUGUUUCUAUGCAGCGAUUAGUACCGCUCGAACUGAGUUGAGAUUUUUGUUUCAGAACUAAAGGGUAUUUUUGUGUCCUUUAUGUUGAUUGAAUUGCAUACGUCGAAAAAUAUAUGUUAAUAUGUUUAAUUUAUAGCCCACUCAGCAAUACUAUUAAUAAAAAAAGUUUGUUUUAGGCAUGUGAAUAUCAAUCUUAGCCGCGACGUUUUAUUAUUACCGUUCGAUCAAUGGCCUUGAGAAAAUGAUGAACUUAGGUUUAACGUAAUGGUUUUGAGGAAAUAUUCAACGUUAGUUUAGAUGGUAACUUAAGUGUUAAGAUAAAAUAUAUAUGAGUUAAAAACAACGAUUCAGCACACAUAAUAAACAUGUUUCAAUCUUUACAUACUUUACCGUAAUACAUUUUACACGCUAGGCGACAUACUGGACCAACUAAUACAGAUCCAUGGGGAGUAUAUCUACAAUAUCUAAUAUUGUCCGAUCGCGAGCACAGUUUCAAAUGCUUAUCAUGACUUUUCUAUAAUUUUCUCUGUUAAAAAGGAACACUUUCAGAAGUUGGCGAAUUCCUUACCGGUAGUUAGGACAAAGGAACAUGCGGUGGACGUUUUGAUAACUUAAUGGCUAUGAUUUGUACACGUUGUAAUAAUUGUAAACAGCUUUUUAUAACAACAAUGUAGUCAAUAUGAAUUAGAAUUGGUCAGUUGUCGGCGAAUUUAUUGCAUCUGUGGUUCUAUAAUUAUCUAUGUAUGGAUACAAUAUACUAUGAUUCACGGAAUAUGUAGACAUAUUAACUUUUCUACCUGCAUCAACGUGAUUAUCCAUGCAAUAAAGUCAAAUUAUGUGUUGAAAUCUUCAGUAUUUUGUGGUAAAUAAUAUACCUAUAAGGUCCCAAACUGUGUAAACAAAUGGAAUAAUACUCAGAUAGACAACAUCAACACUGUCUUGGCAAAUAAUAUAUGUAAACUUCAAAAUCUAAAAUGACUUAUAAAAUUUCGAAUCAAAAUAGUUUUAAUAUUUCUAAAUCACUGUAAGGUAAAUAUAUAUGUACACAUAUUAACUUUUUGACCUGCAUCAACGUGAUUAUCCAUGCAAUCAAGUCAAAUUAUGUGUUGAAAUCUGCAGCAUUUUGUGGUGAAUAAUAUACCUAUAAAUCAAACGCAAGCUUAAUAAAUAUUGAUAAAAAUGACUGUAUAUUUAUAAGAAAACGCGUUCUUAGUUAAAACUGAAACAAAAAACAAUAUAUGACUUGUUUGACCGUUUCCAUGCUUAUAUUUUUACUAAAGACUUGUAAUGUUUUCGUCCAAAUUGUCAUUUAUUCAUAUGACUUAUUAGUUGUUAGUUUGAUCCCAGCCCUUUGUUUCUGUUUUGCAGACGUAUGUUCCUAUGUAUUGUAUUCCGAUAUUGUUUUGUUAAUUGUUGUGUCGUUUUUAUGCCAUGAUGUUUCUUUUUAUGUGCAUUUCUGUCACAGUGUAUGAUUGAACGCGCAAUACGAACAACUGUAUGCAAUAUUAUGUCUGUAAGGAAGAGCACAAUAAGAAUCGUUCUAUUGUUUUUAUUCCAUUUUGUUGUGUCCCAUCGUUAUAUCUUUGAGGAUGCCAGUAUGAAUUUCGAAAACCAGAAAACGAAAUUUACCCAUGAGUCUCCAACUGUUUGAACAUUGUUAAAUCACAUAUUAGCAUUACACACAUUUACACAAGUAAUUAUUGAUACAUAUGCGUGCUUAAAUGUUUUUAAGUUUAACUUUUAUAGUAUCUUGUUAACAUUUAUUAAAACUAUUGUAUUGGCUGAUAUAAAGUAAAUAAACAUUUUGUGGAAGAAGCAAUUAAAUAUGCAUAUUAUCAAUUUAUUAAAUGAUACGAAGGGCUGCAACAAUUCAGAUGCUUGACUUGAGUUAUUGUUUGUGACGAUUUAAAGUUUACCACGCCACAAUUUGAAGUUGUCUUUCGGAACAUCUCAUGGGGUAAAAACUGAAAACAAUGCAAGGGUUUCGUGCUUGCAUAUACAUUAACUUCAAAAUAACCUUUAAAUCAUCUACGCUGAGACUUCAAGUCUUAGAAUUUUUGUAUUUGGUAUCUAACAUCAAAUAGAUGUCUUUUCAAAACAGAUAUUGCAAUCGUGUCGCUGGGCUUAACAGGGGUAACGCUCCAUGAAUACCAUAUGAAUAUACUGUAUUACCAAUAUUAAUUAACCAACAAGUAUUUUGAUCUUUAGAAAACAAUGUGAAAAGUUGAUAUCCAGCCUUGUAUAUUCCUCUACUACAAGGAUUUUCAAAUUAUGUCCCUAGAUUAAAUAUCACAUUAUCAGUAUAAUAUGUUUAGCAAAAUAUUUUGAUUCCUCCCUCAUAACGCUAGGACAAUAGAUGUAAUGUUUGGUAAGCAACAACAAAUAUGAGUCCUCUACGAGUUGUGUUCUAAUCAUUGCUUUAGGUGGACAAUUAGCUAUUCAAACUGUGGGUCACGUAAUUAUAUAUAGGCAUACAUAUCAAAAUUAAUAUGAACAUCUUCUUAAAGACCAAAA